UUUUGGGAUGUGUGCAGCUGCUGCGGCUAGUCUUGUGCCGCUGCCUCUAGUCCCUCAUUACCUUCUUCCAUUGUUAACAGCUCUGGGGCUUUCUAUUUUAUUAAAGAAAACCUGGAUCCCUUGGAACAGCAGCCAUGCAGAAGCACUGCGGAGAUAUGGAGGAGCUCAUCGCGGAACUGCGCCUUUUUCUUGAACUAUUAAACCAUGAAUAUCUGACAACAACCGUUAGAGAGAAAAAGACAGUAAUAAGCAACAUUCUUCAAAGGAUACAGUCAUCCAAAGAAUUUGAAUUAAAAAAUCAUGUGCACAGAACAGAGGUGACCAGCAGUGUGCCAGCUCCGCCCCAGAUGCCUUUACCAGAAAUCCCUCAGCAAUGGCUGCCCCCAGAUAACGGACCACCACCUUUGCCAACAUCUUCACUUCCAGAAGGUUAUUAUGAAGAAGCGGUUCCCCUUAGCCCUGGAAAGGCUCCUGAAUAUAUUACAGCUAACUAUGAUUCAGAUGCUAUGAGCAGCUCAUAUGAAUCCUAUGAUGAGGAAGAUGAAGAUGGAAAAGGGCAGAAAAAAAGACUCCAGUGGCCGUCUGAAGAGGCCUCAAUGGAUCUUGUGAAGGAUGCUAAGAUUUGUGCGUUCCUUCUCCGUAAAAAACGAUUUGGACAGUGGACCAAACUGUUGUGUGUCAUUAAAGAAAACAGAUUAUUGUGCUACAAAACAUCUAAGGACCAGCAACCUCAAAUGGAGUUACCACUAAAUGGCUGUGUUGUUACUUAUGUCCCAAAAGAUAGUAAAAAAAAGAAACAUGAGCUCAAAAUUACUCACCAAGGGACAGAUGCACUAGUUCUCGCUGUACAAAGUGAGGAACAGGCUGAACAAUGGCUAAAGGUGAUUAAAGAUGUCUGCAGCAGCUGUGGGGGCCCUGUGGAUUCAGACGGACAGUCUUCCAGCUCACCGGUGCCAAAAACAGAACUGGAAAAGAAAUUAUCAUCAGAACGGCCUAGCUCUGAUGGGGAAUGCAACCUAGAAAAUGGCUCAUCGAUUCCCAACGGCAAGGAGCAAGUGAAAAGAAAGAAAAGCACCAAGACUGAGCCAAAGGGUGCUGUUACAAAAGUAACGGGGAAAAAGAUCACAAAAAUUAUUGGACUUGGAAAGAAAAAGUCAAGUACUGAUGAGCAGACAUCAUCUGCUGAUGAAGAUGUGCCAACAUGUGGAUAUUUAAAUGUACUCUCCAACAACCGCUGGAGGGAACGUUGGUGCAGAGUCAAAGACAAUAAACUCAUCUUUCACAAGGACAGAACUGAUCUGAAGACUCACAUAGUUUCAAUACCUCUUAGAGGGUGUGACGUUAUUCCUGGCCUGGAUUCCAAACAUCCUCUAACAUUCCGACUGCUCCGUAAUGGGCAGGAGGUUGCAGUGCUGGAGGCUUCAUCCUCAGAAAACAUGGGCAGGUGGAUAGGAAUAUUGUUGGCUGAAACUGGUUCAUCUACUGAUCCAGGAUCUCUGCAUUAUGAUUAUAUUGAUGUAGAUACUACAGCAAAUGUUAUACAAACAGCGAAACAAUCUUUCUGCUUUAUGAACAGACGGGUAAUUACUGCAAAUCCAUAUCGGGAAGCUCCAACAAAUGGCUAUUCGUGUCCCACUGGUAUGGCACUUCAUUACGAUGACGUCCUAUGCAUAAAUGGCUUGUGGAGACCGGACGAUGACUUUUCUUGUAACAGAAAGAACAGUGAAGAAGUGUAUUACGAUGACCCAGACAUAUACGAUAACUUACCAUCUCCGAAAAUCUUUGCACGCUACGCACCUGCUGACAAAAAGAGCAAUAGGUUUUCCAAUGACAAAUUAUCUCCUAAUCACUACAAAUCUCCUGUCUCAUCCAGUCUUUCCUCUGUUACUAACACUUCUUCUCUGGGGCGGGGAUCUGUUUCUUCACAGUCGCAGCUUAAGAGUAAGAAACCCCCAGCAACAGCGAAUGGCCUAUCACCGAAAUCUAAAGUAGCGACCUCCCAGCAAAAGAAAACGAAUACAGCAGUUAAUGUGAAACGCACCGCCUCAAAUGCUGAGCAGUACAAAUAUGGAAAGAACAGAGUGGAAGCAGACGCCAAGCGAUUACAAAUGAAAGAGGAGGAGUUGCUGAAGAAAAAAGAAGCUCUUCGAAAUCGGUUGGCGCAGUUACGAAAAGAGAAAAAAGACAUAAGGGCUGCCAUUGAAGCCAAUGCUGGAAGAAAGUCACAGGUUCUCCUUGAAGAAAAACUGAAAAAACUUGAGGAUGAAUGUAAACUGAAAGAAGGUGAAAGAGUAAACCUGGAGUUGGAACUUACUGAAGUGAAGGAAAGCCUGAAGAAGGCAAUGUCUGGGGGAAUCACACUGGGACUUGCGAUAGAACCAAAAACCACAUCAUCAAGGGCUCAGUCCCCAGUUCUACGGCAUCGUACAGUAGAGAACUCCCCCAUCUCUAGCUGUGAUACAAGUGAUACAGAGUGCUCCCUUCCAGUCAACAGUGCAGCUGUGUUAAAGAGACAGCCAAUCACAAAAAACUCUCCAGUACGUGGUCACGUUCUUAGAAAAGCCAAGGAAUGGGAGUUGAAGAGUGGCACAUAAAUAAUAGGAUUCCUCAUAUGACGCUCUGUUUCAGCCUUAAAAAGUACUGACCAAGAAAAGGACCAAACCACUUCAUACAACCCCUAUGUUUCACCCAUAUGUUGCCUACAAUGCCUCGUAAUUCAGCUUUAAAUUAGCCACUCUCUUAAAAAGCUUUUUUAACCACCUUCUCUAUACUGAGGGGCAGAAGUCUACAGGAGGUUGCAACUUGUGAGCUUUCCCUUUUUUAUUUUUUUUAUUUUUUUCUUCUUUGUUUUAAAGUCAUAAGUGCACAAUGAAACUCAUUUCCAUUAAGCCUUUUGCUGCAGCUAAAUGGUUUGUUUUUAUGACAAUGAAUCGGUCUGACUAUUUUAUUGGUGGAUUUGCAUCUUUCAUAAGGCGCUGCAUAUUCUAGAGGUCUAAUAAGGAAGUAUACAGAUUGGAUUAUAUAUUUUUUCACACCUGUCAAGAUGUGCGGGGUUCAAUUUUUACCAUCCCAUAUGAAAUAAAAUGUCCUUUGUAUUAUAGGAAUUUUUUGACUUUGAUAAUUUAAUCUGGUCAAAAAAAGUACUUUUUUCUAAUUUGUGUAAAUAUCAGACUUUUUCCACCAACAAACUGUAAAUAACUUAGUUUUAUUCCAUAUGUUUACUAUUCUUUGGCAGUAUUUAUAAGUAUUCUUUUGCAAUUAAGUUAAAACACUCAUGUUUUUCACCUUCAUGUUUUCCGAUUGCUCCGCAAAGAAACUUGUGAUGGUACAUUUGUAAUAUUUCCUUUAUUUCAUUUUUCUUUACAUUAACAAAAUAAUAAUAAUUUUCAAUGACUUUCCAUAACUUACCAGCAAUGUAAUUUUAAAGGGAUGAUAAAUCAUAUAGGUUUAAAGUUUAACAGUGAAACCUUUACCAUAUAAAAAUGUAAAACUGAGUUAUUCAUGUCUAUAAUUGUGGCAUUAUAUGUUAAAAAUGUUCUUUUUUUCUUAUUUUACCCCAUGUUGCUUCCCUCUGCCCUUGUAUUUUCCUUAUUUGUGUGCAGUGACAUAGAGAGCAGCCCCACCACGUCUCUAUGUAGUAGGCAAUGAGCGCUCCUGCAUAUAGCUUUAAUAGCACUCGCUGAUCUGAUAUGCAGCAGUGCAGGAUGGCUCUCACUUGCGGCAGAGCUGAGUAGAGGUUCCCACAGUAAUCCCAUGGUGAAUCAGAACUCUUGUUCUAGGAGCACUCCUUUUAGGAAGUAAAUGUGCAUUAAUUAGGUUUACAGGAAUUUGUGCAGACAGAACUGUAGGGCCACUGAUCGGACAGAUUUGCGAAUGCUUGUUACUGUGUGACAAGCCAACCCAUAGGAAAAGCAAGCCCUAUGGCUAAGAAGCUUAUUGGGUAUCAGUGAGAAACAAGAAAAAAAAA